AUGCUGCCGUACCUGUUCCCCGAUCUGUCCACCUUUACUACAGUCGCCGAUCUUAUCACCCACCUUCGCACUAGUGAUGCUCGCCUGCGUGCCGCCCUUCCCACCGAGUUCUGCGCUAAGAACCCCCCUCCACUGUACUGGACACUCCACUUCAUAGUCACCCGUCUCCCUGACACCCUCCGCUCAGUUCGAGACCACUUCCUUGCUCGCUGUCCCACUGAGCUCACAGUCGCCCUCCUAGAGGAGCACCUGCUCGCGGCCGAAAAGAGCAUUGUAGCUGUCGUCUGUUGGCGCUGCUUCUACUCCUGGUGGAAGCGCCGCACCGGCAAGGGCAAGGGGGGCAAAAGUGGUGGUGGUGGCACUGGGGGGGGAGGAGGUGGGGGAGGUGGGGGGGGAGGCGGUGCUGGAGGGAGCGGGGCGGUGGCGGAGCGCGGUGGGAGUGGGGUCGGUGGUGGAGACGGGGGCGGCGGAGGAAGCAGUGGCAGUAGUGGCGGCGGCGGCGGUGGCGGCGGUGGCGGUGGUGGCGGUGGUGGCGGUGCCGGUCGGAGCGGUGGUAGUGGUGGCGGCGGAGGUCGGAGUGGAGGCACUGGCUCGGGCCAGAGCUCCCAGCAGCAGCAGCGUCCCCAGACGACCCAGCAGCUUCGUGAGUGGCUUGCUCAGCGUAGGACGUCGGGGGCCAGUGACCGCUGUCUUAUGUCAUUCGCACAGGUGACCGCAAGGGACAGACGUGUGGGAGGUUCCACACCCCGUACCGCUGCUUCCUUUUCUCCCGCCUUGACGACGCUUGGCGUGAGGAGAUGGGUGCGGAUGUUGAGCGCCCCCGCUGGGCUGAGCUCAUGA